UAGCCCAGGGCUUUGCAGCUCUCCUGGUCGAUCCCGCAGACCCGCACCACCCGUUCACCCCCGGCGGCGCCCCUUCGCUCCCCCGACACAUUUCCGCGAGCAGCUGGUGCGCGCGCGGAGCUGAGGCCAUGGCGAUGGCGAAGGCCAAAUCCACCGCCCUCUCCGCCGCCGAAAAGUGCCGGAACAUCCUGGGCGCCAGUUGGGAAGCCCACCUCAACACCAUCAAAGCCGACGCCAAGGGAAGCAAGGGGGAGGUUUACACGUCCAGGGUGCACUACAUGGUCCAAAAGGGCAUGCCCUACCUGAUCGUCCCCGAGAACGACAUGCACAACAUUAACAUUAUAAUCGACGAGCGGGGUUCUCUCUCGGUGUCCAGUCCAGUCCCAGGUCGCCUUGCCAGCUUGCUCAAGUCAAUCAACAAGUUGCCUCCCCGGGUUGCUAUGACCGGCGAUGUCCUGCGCAUGAAGGAGACAAAGAUUCCAGUUAUAGCUGAAAGCUUUAAGAAAGCUAUUCUGAAGGAACAUAAAGCUGCUAGCGAAGCUACUUAUGGGGUAUCAACGGUAUUGUCUUCCGCAAGUGCUACUUGUAGGUCGCGCAGCGAAGGUCUCCUUAGCUUACUCAAUGAAGAGAGCUCCUACAAUAUCUUGAAGUUUGAAAUUGGCUCGUGUGUCUUCAUAGAUUCAUUGGGGAGCAGCCAUAAUAUUGAGUUGGAUACUUUUGAACCACCAAAAGCCGACCUGCUAUUGCCAUUCUCUGCGAAGCUUAUUGAUGGUAUCAACAGGAGUGACCCAAGGCGGAGAGCACUUAUACUUUUCUGUUUCGAGUAUUUUGAUGUGACUGCCAGAGAUGCAGUCUUGCUCUCCGUUGAUCACCAUGGAUUUGAGGUGCUCGCCAGGGUUCCUGAAAGAGCUACCGCACCUGAUGUCCCUCAGCAGUACCACUGGAAAGAGUUCAGGUUCACAUUCAAGGAAGCAGUCAAGGAUGUCGAGGACUUCUGCCGCAUGUUGGUCGAGCUAGAAGAAGAAGCUCUGCACAGCGUAAAGAGCUAUAGCGGAUUAGGUUGAAGGGGAUAGUAGCUCUUUCUCAAACCAAAGGGCACAAGAUUCAGAUCUUCAGUUAUGAUAAUAAAUCAUCUGAAGAAUAUUACUUGACUGCGUUUUUGUAGAUGGUUUGCAUUGUAAACUGACAUCAUUCGAUUGAGAAUCAACAGUUAGGUUUGUAUGUCACCAUAAUUUUCAGCCUGUUUGGUAGUACUUAUUUACAAAUCAGAAAGGAAACUUCUCUGCA